AUGACUCUGGUGGACAAAUGUUACAAUGAAUAUGCCUACAGAACAAGUGACUUGACAAUUCUUUUAGAUGAAUUUAAGAAUAAAUAUAUUGGAGACCAGUUCAUCGUGGACAUGAAACAAGAAUUUCUUAGCUUAAAGUGGGGAAACCGUACAAUGUAUGAGUAUGAAUGUGAAUUCAACAAAUUGAUCCUCUUUGCUUCAGAGAUGACCCCAGAUGAAAAAGUUAAUUGUAAUCUAUUUAUUCAAGGUCUGCGAUCAGGGCUGAGAGAGUAUUUGUUGGAUAUUAAUAUGUCUACAUUACAAGAGGUGAUUAACAGAGCCAAGGGAGAUAAUUCUAGAAAAGGGCGACAAUAUCAAUCAUCAGCUGUAGGAUUAGGUAGAUCAAGUCAGUACCCACCUUGUCAGAGCUGGGGCAAGAAUCACCCAGUUGCUAUCGUCCAAAGUCCAAGACAUGGUGACGCUAACCCGCACAUAAACUCUCCUUUAUGCUACAAUAGAGACGGAAAAGAAAGAAGUGGCUUGAAUUUACCGAAACCGAUACAACUGACUGGCUACAAUAAGGACCAGUGCAAGGAUUACACCUGUACCGGUGCAUGUCAGAAAACUGACGGCAAACUUUCCCAUUGUUAUGCUAUGAUUAAUGAAAAUACUAAUAGCAUUGGUUCACUGCGUUAUGCUCUUCAUCUCAGAUUUCUAUGCCCUUCACCCAAGUCAUUUCUGAGAUGUAAAUCUGAUCUGGGAUCAGUUACACGAAAGACCAAAACUGACAGGGACGGGGAUCAAUUCUAUUUAUACAAUGACUUGAGAGUCGUGUUCCCUCAACGUCACUCAGAUGCUGAUGAAGGCAAGUUGAACGUGGAGUACCAUUAUCCAGAUCAUCCAAGAUACCUUGAUAUCCGCAACUGAAUCAUCUAAUUUACAUCCCAAA